AUGUCUGGAAACGGACAAAACUCUUCCAAUGUGGUCUCCGAUCACAAUAGAAGACCAAACCCAGCUACGGCUGGUGGAACGAAGCGAAACCCUGAUAUUCAGGAUGGCCGCCCCAAGAAACAAGUCGAGCGGAUAACUUCCGAGGAAACCAACAUCCGCAAAGAGAUCGACAAGUCCGAAGACCUUGAAAGAAUCCUCGAGCAAACCAAGGAUUGGAUCUCGGGCACCCAUGGCUCUGGCUAUCCCAACCACAAGCUGCUUCGAAAUUGGUGGACAGCUAAGGCUGCAGAGUUGGUCGUCUGUCCUGUGGCCUCUGGUUCAAAUGCAUAUCCGCAAGCGAAGUUCUUCCAUGGCUUCAAGAUCCGAUAUGUCGCAGUCUGUGGUGCUCCGGCGCUCAUGGUUAUGAAGAAUGGACAUAUGAUGGUCAUUCACAGCCAAAAUGUUGCCCCUCCGCCAGAUCAGAGCGGUAAGUCAAAGAAGGAGAAGAAGAAAGUCGCCAUCUUUGCCGAGUCCGACCACCCCAUCAGUACAAAGGAGGGCGAAGAUAGCAUCCAGCCACAGACGUUGAUCAGCGCUUUCAAUACUCAGCACUGUGCUCCAGGCUUGACUGAGGAGGACGCUGCUGCGAUGAUCGAGUUUGGCCUUGUCGAGAAGACCAACCCUCACGUCAAGCAUGGUCUCAUCUGUACGACCUUCAAGACAACCGAGACAUUCUGGAUGCAGACCGUUGGAAAGGCUCCAUGCCCUGAGUUCGAAGAGCUUCUCACUAUGUUGAAGGAUGACCAGUGCUUCUUCACAUUUGUGCAGAACAAGCGGGACUUCAUCGAUCGAGCUCACGAGUUCUGGCGAUGUGAGAUGGAAAAGUGCGUUGUUCAAGGCGUCUGGAGCUACUACAAUGACAUGAUUGGCACGAUUCAAGGUCAGUUAUUCUCAAGAUGGGAGAAAGACCCGAACAAGACGAUCAAGCACCAGACUUGGAUGAAGAUCGAACAGCUCCGCAAAGAUCGCGGCAAGAUCCAAAAGUACGCCUCUCACGCCAUGAAGAAGUCAUUCGGAUCCAUGCGUGAGCUUGAGAUCGUGCAGUCUGUCGCUCUCAUCUACGAGGCCAUGUACGAGAACUCCAUCAUCAGCAUGUACUUCGCUUGGGAUAAGUACCACGAGGCCACUGUUGUCGAGGCGACAAAUGGUUAUGUCCAGCUUGAUGUUAACGUCGGCAAGAACACGGAGUAUUCCAUGCCAGGAGUAGAUGUCGAUACUCGGUUCAAGGUUCGAAAGGUCAAUUACCAGGACUCGGAUCUCGUUAUGGAGGAUGCCCCAGCUUCUGGUGAUAAGCCAUACUUUGCAGAGGAAGAGAAGUUUGGCGCCAACGACGAGAGCGACCCAGAGGAAGACAUCCUUCCACAGGAGAAGAAGCAGAAGCCUCAAGACUUUGGCAAGCCCGUCGAGAAGGAACAGCCCGUGCCUACGCACACAGGCCAGCAGUUCGAGGCUCGAGUCAUCAGUGGAGGAGAGCAAGACUUCCGCUUGAGCUUCUUCGUCAAGGACAAGGCCACCAGAGAACAAUUUGUGGCUGGUGAGGUGAUCAAGGUCUCACUGUUCAUGACACGCAAUCCGAUCCCCAGCAGGCGCUCUCUGAAGGCCAUCGGUAAGCUGUGCAAGAAGCCCGGCAAGAAGGAUGGCUUCAAGUUCAAGUCCAUGCAGACCUUCCUCAAGGGAGCUGGUGUUCCGCCACCCAGGGAAGGAGAGAAAUCACUCUGGGAUACUGCAAUGGAGGUGAUGACCGACAUUGAAAAGAGUCGCUUGGAGAGAUACAUGUCGUCCUUCCCGAUGAACGGACCUCAGCUCCAUGUUUGGACUGCGAUCUUCAAGUACCGCAACUUCGUUACUCAGUUGCAAGGACCACCCGGAACCGGAAAGACCAGAACUGUGGCCAUCAUCGCCAUGACCUUCGCUCUGACAAAGGCCAGAACCGCUCUGUGCGCCCCUUCGAAUACUGCCGCCGAGGAGUGCCUGAGAAACGUCCUGGAGCAUCUGAAGGUCCUCUACCAGUUGGAUCCGACCGCUCAAGAUGACUUCAAGGUCGUCUACGUGCCAACGACAGCCAGCACCAAGGAAGCCCUUGCCAGUCUCGGAGAAGAACACAUUGCCUACGACAUGUUCAAGGAAGGCGAGGGUAGCGAUGACGACCCCUUCAAGCAGUUCAAGCUUCACGCCCAUGUUGUCAGAUCAUUCGAGAAGCGUGCCUCGCUUAAACUUGGAGAUUACAUGGAGGCCGAGUCCUGGUUGAAGGUCUUGGAGCGACUUCGAGCUGACCAUCAGGUCAAGCCAAAGCUCAUGAGACAGUUCGUCGAUCUGGGCAUGGCAGAGGGAGCAACCGUCCUCCAGGAUCCAAAUGUCAAGAUCGUGGUGUCGACUUCCAGCAGCGCCGACCUCCUGGCCGAUUAUCAAUACAAGCCACAUGCAAUCAUCAUCGACGAGUCUGCAUCCGCCACGGAACAGGAGAGCUUGGUUCCCCUCGCUCUCUUGGCUCGAUACAACGUCCUUGUUGGUGACCAUGAGCAGCUGAAGCCGACCAUUCGAUCCAAAGGUCACAACGAGUAUGGUUCCCAGUAUGGAAUGUCCAUUUACAAGCGCAUGUAUGAUAAUCAUGGCGUCCCUCUGUACCGAUUAAAAAUCAAUUACCGCAUGCACCCGGAUAUUGCUGAAUUGCCUGGAAUAUUGACCUAUGAGUGGCUCGGCUGUGAUCCAAGCACCAAGGUAGACUCGGAUGCAUACAGAUACUUCCAGGACUGGUACUUCGAAUCUGAGCUAGGAGGUGUCUACGACGAGGAAACUCGAGAUCCUCAAUAUGGUGGGGAGGCAGAUGAGGACAUCCGUGUUCGCUGGUUGAACAUUGCCGACGGCUUCGCAUCACCGAAGCCUGGAUCGACAUCUCUUCGGAACUACGCCAACAUCAACGCCGCGAUUAUGCUUGUCCUUAGCUUGCUGAAACACCACCCUUCGGACUCAACGAUUCCUGACCUGAAAGGCUCUGAUAUUACAAUCUUGUCGCCAUACAGAGCUGACUUGGAGGUGAUGAGAACGCAGCUUGCUUGGGCAAUCGAGAAGGACAUUGGCGGAGUUCAAAACCAAAUUGUCAUUUUGCUUAUACCACCGCACGAUGCUAGUCAUCUUGGCUUCAUGAGGGAGUGGAAUCGCUUCAAUGUGGCGCUGACUCGGGCCAAAUCUGUACUUUACAUCUUCGGUAACUUCGACGGUCUCAGAUCUCAACUUAAGGUAAUCUCGAAGGGUAUGGGAUGCAAGAAGCUAGCUUUGAUGCUCGUUGACUAUAUGGACAAGGGUCGUGUGAUUGAUUUUGAAUCGAAUAAUGUGCUUCCUGCCUCUCGUGAGGAGGCUUUCCAAGACGUGGAAAAGUGGACUGACCGGCAACAGCGCCCAAGUCCUGUAUCCAUGAGGCUUUCCCAGAAGCUUCAAGACAUUCAGAAGGACUACACAGGCGAGGGGUCUGAAAGGUUUGAGCUCGAGCUCUUGAAUAAGUUGCAGAAGCUUCGUGCUCAGGCGGCAGAACAUCAGAAAGAUUUCGAAGCCGGCAGAGAUCUCGACCUUCCCCUCUCAACCUCUCUCGACACCCAAGCUGAAGGAGAAGGUUAG